AUGUCGAGGUUUCAAGUUGGUGGUAAAGUGGUAGAUGCUGUUGAUUUAUUACGAAAGAGGCAUUGGGCAUGGCGGUUGGAUAUGUGGCCUUUCACGAUUCUCUAUGGAGUGUGGCUGUCAGCUGCGGUUCCUAGCCUGGAUUUUGGUGAUGCCUUGGUAGUUUUGGUUGGCAUCGUGGCAUUUCAUAUUCUUGUAUUUCUAUUCACUGUUUGGGCCGUGGACUUUAAAUGCUUCGUACAGUAUUCAAAGGUUAAAGAUAUUCACUCUGCGGAUGCAUGCAAAAUCACUCCAGCUAAAUUUUGUGGCUCCAAAGAAGUUGUGCCACUUCACUUUCGGAAGUUUGCAGCUUCUCCCACUUCGCAGGAGUUGGAAGAAAUCUACUUUGAUUUCAGGAAGCAACGAUUUAUUUACUCGAAUGAGAAAAAUACAUUUUUUAAGCUUCUUUAUCCGUCCAAGGAAACAAUUGGGUAUUAUCUCAAGAAUACUGGUUAUGGCACAGAAGCUAAAGUUCUAGCUGCCACUGAGAAAUGGGGAAGGAAUGUGUUUGAAUAUCCUCAACCCACAUUCCAAAGAUUGAUGAAAGAGCAAAUCAUGGAACCCUUUUUUGUAUUUCAGGUUUUCUGUGUGGGCCUCUGGUGUUUGGAUGAAUAUUGGUAUUACAGUCUGUUCACAUUAUUCAUGCUGUUCAUGUUUGAGUCAACAAUGGCAAAAAGCCGUUUGAAGACUCUAUCUGAGCUUAGACGUGUAAAAGUGGAUAGCCAGAUGUUGACGGUGUAUCGCUGUGGGAAGUGGGUUAAACUCUCUGGAACAGAACUUCUGCCUGGGGAUGUCGUGUCUAUUGGGCGUUCUACUGGUCUGGAUGGAGAAGACAAGUCUGUACCUGCUGACAUGCUUAUUUUAGCUGGAAGUGCUAUUGUGAAUGAGGCUAUUCUGACUGGCGAGUCCACACCACAAUGGAAGGUUUCAAUAACGGGUAGAGCAACUGAUGAGAAAUUAUCAGCUAAACGUGAUAAAGCACAUGUACUAUUUGGUGGUACGAAAAUAUUACAGCAUACUCCAGACAAGACUUUUCACCUGAAAGCUCCUGAUGGAGGCUGUGUAGCAGUUGUUUUGAGAACUGGAUUUGAAACAAGUCAAGGAAAGCUAAUGCGUACUAUAUUAUUCUCUACUGAGAGGGUUACUGCAAACAGCUGGGAAAGUGGUCUUUUUAUAUUAUUCUUAGUAAUAUUUGCUUUGAUCGCUGCUGGUUAUGUCCUUAAGAAGGGGCUUGAGGAUCCAACAAGGAGUAAAUACAAGCUUCUUCUGAGUUGUUCACUAAUUAUUACUUCUGUGAUCCCUCCCGAACUUCCAAUGGAACUGUCAAUUGCCGUUAAUACAUCAUUGAUUGCACUAGCACGGCGCGGGAUAUAUUGUACAGAACCAUUUAGAAUCCCAUUUGCUGGAAAGGUUGAUAUAUGCUGUUUUGAUAAGACAGGGACACUAACUUCUGAUGAUAUGGAAUUUUCUGGUGUUGGUGGUUUAACUGACGGGGAAGACCUUGAAACAGAAAUGUCUAAAGUGCCUGAUAGAACUUUGGAGAUUCUUGCUUCUUGUCAUGCCUUGGUCUUCGUGGAUAAUAAGCUGGUUGGUGAUCCUCUUGAGAAGGCUGCACUUAAAGGAAUUGAUUGGUCAUACAAAUCAGAUGAAAAGGCCAUGCCAAAAAAGGGAGGUAAUAAUACUGUCCAGAUCAUUCAAAGGCAUCACUUUGCUUCUCACUUAAAAAGAAUGGCAGUUGUUGUUCGCGGUGCACCAGAAACUAUUCAGGAAAGGCUAGUUGAUGUGCCUGCAUGGUAUGUUAGCACUUACAAGAAAUACACGCGUCAAGGAUCUCGUGUUUUGGCUUUGGCAUACAAGUCUCUACCGGACAUGACAGUUAGUGAAGCAAGAAGCAUGGAGCGGGACACUGUGGAAAGUGGUCUUAUUUUUGCUGGUUUCGCGGUUUUCAAUUGUCCUAUCAGAGGAGAUUCAGCUGCUGUCUUGUCUGAAUUAAAAGGAUCUUCGCAUGAUCUGGUAAUGAUUACCGGAGAUCAAGCACUGACAGCUUGUCAUGUAGCUAGCCAAGUUAACAUUAUCUCAAAACCCGCACUAAUUCUUGUCCGUGCCAAUAAUAAUAGUGGCUAUGAGUGGGUUUCUCCAGAUGAGACGAACACAAUUAGCUACAGUGAGAAUGAAGUUGAAGCUCUAUCCGAGUCUCACGAUCUUUGCAUCGGAGGAGACUGCAUGGAGAUGUUGCAGCAGACUUCUUCUACCCUCAAAGUCAUUCCAUAUGUUAAGGUAUUCGCACGUGUCGCCCCUGAGCAAAAGGAACUCAUCAUCACAACAUUUAGAUCAGUCGGAAGGGUGACUCUCAUGUGCGGUGAUGGAACCAACGAUGUCGGAGCCCUUAAGCAG